GCCGGAUGUACCAGCGUCUUCAGAACGAAGAGUUUAUUCGAAAAGUUCAGUUCUGGUCCUCUAACUGAAUCCGAAAAAGUUUGCAAUGGCUUACGGACACUCGUUUUACUAUGUCUAUUUGAAAUAUGCCAUUCUGGCUAUUAUAGUCGCUUCACUACCAAUCAUAGCGCUGAUUGUGUUGAAAUUGUUUCAAAAAUUCAGUGUGGGGAAAUGUAGGAGCAUGGUGUGCUUAAUUGGUAAGACUGUGCUGGUCACCGGAGCUUGCAGUGGCUUAGGUCUUCAAACCGCAUUAGUAUUGGCCUCUAGAGGCGCAAGAGUGAUCUUAGCAGACAAAGUUGACUGCGCUAAGGCAAAGAAGAAGAUAAUAGACAAGACACACAACACGAAUAUUGUUACAAAGUAUCUCGAUUUGGCUUCAUUAUCUUCUGUCAGGCGAUUUGCCAAAGACAUCAACACCACUGAGGAGCGAUUGGACAUCCUCAUUAAUAAUGCGGGUGUGGGAACUGUGGGGAAUAAAUACACUGACGAUGGACUGCAUCCGACCAUGCAGAUUAAUCAUUUGGGACCCUUUUUGUUAACACACUUGCUUACAGGUCUUUUGAAGAAAUCGGCACCCAGCCGAAUAAUUUUCGUCAGUUCUGCUUCCGCUUUUAUUACCAAUUUGACGGCAGACAAUGUAAACUACCCGAAUGGACACCCGAUGUCCCUUUAUCGCACUACUUUGAUUUAUGGCAACUCCAAAUUAUGCAACGUGAUUGCCGCCAAUGGAUUUGCAGACCGACUGAAAAACAGUGGCGUCACCUCCAACUCCCUCCAUCCAGGUCUGGUUAACACCGACAUUUACAUGAACUCCGGCAACUUCUUGCAACUGAAAUCUUUAGUUCAGCUGUUCAAAAACACCGUGCUAUUUGCUUAUGGAAAGACUGUUGAUGAAGGCGCACAAACGAUCAUUCAUCUGGCUUUGUGCAACAAGCUGAAGGACAUAACAGGAAAACAUUUCUGGGACUGUCGACUGUUUCCUUCUCCUCCUGGAACCUGGAACAAGAAGUUUGCUGAAUCGGUUUGGGAGAAAAGCGAAGAACUAGUGGGCCUGAAGGCUGACGAAAAGCUGAAACUCGAAUGAGAAUAAUUGUUUAAAGUCACGUUGUUUUCCUAGGCGGCAAAAAUUGAACAAGAAAAACGGGCUUUGCCCGUUUUCCCAUUAGUUAUACCUUGACUGACGACUACUCACCAAUUCGGCUGAUUGGUUCCUCGUUAAAAUUCACGGCCUUCUUCGCGACCUAGACAUCAACCAGCCGUCGUUCUUCAGUUACUAUCAGACACUUUUGCUGAUCGUAUAGCACUUGCUUUGCGGUGGUAGCUAAAUUUCGAAAUCGCGCAUUGUUAUCAUCGUACUCUGUAUAAGGACGUAAGUGAAAAAAAUUUCUAUUGCUUAGAUUCUGCCCAGCAGAUGCUGUAGUUUUUAUCUAAAUAAUGUACUGCAGUUCCAUAACCCAUUAAUAUUUGUUGAAUUAUUAGUUUAUUUUUAGUUCAUGCUUUAUAGGUAUUAUGCUAACGUUAUAGAACAAGAUGUAUUGUAGUUAGUAAAUAAAGUAACAACCAGUAUA